GGAACGCUAAGGGCGCGGGGGCCUGGGACCAGGGGUCUGCGGCUUCUUAGCGAUCCCGCCCUGCCUCUGGAUGUCUGCAGCUCCCAUCUCGGAGGGCCAGUGCCCCCGUCUGUUGCAGACCCGGUGUUCUGGAACAUGGCACUCCAGCGUGCCGUUCUCCUGGUGGGCCUCCUGGUGGAAGUUGCCAGCAAAUCCUCGGAAAGUGCGGGCCAGCAGCCUGAGUGUUGUGUGGACGUGCUGGAUGUCAACACCACCUGCGGGGGCACAAACCUGUGUGGUCCAGGCUGCUACAGGCACCGGAGCGAGGAUGGCAGUGUCCACUGCGUCCGCUGCAGGAAUGGUACCUACAGCUCUGAGUGCAGGGGCCGCCCCAUGGCUCCCCCCGCCGGGCCCACCUGGCCUACUUCCCACCGAGGGGCUGCGUCUCCAAGUUCUGGAGGAACAGUCGCUGGCUGGGGCGCCCAGUUCCCGGUGAACCGGAGCACAGGGACGCCCGGGCAGCCAAAUCUCGGGAGCCCUCAGGUGGCGGCCUCCCUCUUCCUGGGGACACUGUUGGUCAGCUCCGGCCUCAUCCUCUCUGUGGCUGGCUGCUUCUACCUGAAGCGCACCAGUACACUCCCCAAAGUGUUCUACGGAAGAGGCAAAGGCUGCCAUGAUCCCCCCGCCGCACCCCUCAGUGCGGAAGCCGCGUUAUGUCAGGCGCGAGCGGCCCUUGGACGGGGACACAGGCUCCACGGCCAUCUCCUCGGUGGAGGCCCGGGUCAGCAAUGUCUGACCCGGGGACCCACCCACAGCUCCGCACACCGCCUUGGAGAGAAGCCAGCACACGAAGGGCAGGUGCUGCCUGGCGAGGCCUCGGGUCAGGUCUGGACACAGCCCCUGACUCAGCGUGGCCACCUCCCGGCAGUAGAUGUGGCCACAAGUGCUUCCACCCCCCCGACGGCUGCUCAGUGUAAUGGCCUGGGAGCCGCGUCCUUGAGCCAGGCUGGAGACUGCGGCAGGGGUCGGGGGUCUGGGUCCCUCGGGAGAGACCGCUCCCAGCGGUCAAGAGCCUAUGAGGCCUGCUGGGCUGCUCCACGCCUGGCAAAGCUGGGGGCUCGGCCCCUCAGCCUUUCCAAGCCCACCAUGGGCAGACAUCCCCACACCACCAGGCCGGUUGGCCUCCUGGCAUCCCCUCUCGGAUGGUGUCCAGGCAUGGGGAGUGUGAUUUGAGCACUGGCCCCUCCAAGGCUGAGGCGCCCACCGGGCUGUCCUAUAGCCAAGGCCCCACCCCCCCGACCCCCAAGCCCAAGACCACCACACACUUCCGGGAGCUGCAGAGGCGAGGUUCCUGGUUUCUUAUUGACUUGUGUCAGUUUUAAGCAGAAAAGGCAGAGAGACUGCUUUCCUCCUCUGUCUCCUGCCCAUGAUCCGCUCUCCAUGUUGGGCCCAGGAACGGGCUCCGGCCUGAACUGCUGGAGAUCAAGGCCAUGUCCACCCAGGGUGACAUUCACCUGUGACUUCUGCCUGGGUAGCCUGGUCUCAAAGGACCUGUGGAGGGCCAUGCUGGCCAGUGGUCCUGACCCAAUUGCCCCCGGCCUGGAGAUGCAUUUCUGGCCCCGGCUGGUUACACAUAGACAGGGGUCCCCAAGAGAAAGGAGCGUUUGUGGCCAUCUCUCACACACUGGGCUCGGCACUGAUCUUCCCACAUUCUCAUUCGGGACUGAUCUCUGUCCUUCGACGCCUGGGCCGUGUCCCAGGGGCCCAAGGCAGGGCCUGCGCACUCAGCUCCUGUGUCCCUCCCGCACCGUGACGCCUGUCCCAAGCGUUUACUUGAACCACUGGUCCAGCGGCUGAGAGGGCGCACCAGCUUCCAAUCAGUGUCAAUAAACUAUUCAGGGCUUU